GCCCAACGCCGACGGAGAAGCAGAAGACACGGAGCCCGAGACGUACGCGAAUUUUCAGCAUAAUUAAUAAAAAAAAAAAAGAAGAAGAAGAAAACAAAACAGAAAACAUUUAAUACAGUCUAGACCGACUCGACGCUGGAAGGAUUGUGGAGGAAGAGUGCGCGUGCAAAGGCCGAUAGGAAAACCCGAGCGGGUGCCCAGCGCGCGACCGCAUCCUCCCUCUCCAUCUCCUCUUCCUCAUCUCUCCUCCUUCUCUGCGCUUUAACAGACUCCCAUCCCGAGUCUCCCCACUGACUGAUCACUUAUCGCUUCUUCUUCUUCCUCCUCCUCCUCCUCUUCUUCUUCUUCUUUUGUCGGAGUUUGAACCACAUUUCUGACCUCCUGGAAGUACACCUUGACCGCCGGAGCCUCUGAGAACUAACCCGGACUCUGCAGCUUCUGUCCCCGGUACCAGAGGAUCAUCCAGGGGAGCCUAGCGCGGAGUCAAAAAGGACUGGAAAUUAUUUAUCCCUCUCACAUCAACGUGCCGCAUGGUGGGAAUUUCUGCCUCUUUUCAGUAUCGCACUGGGAAGCGCUCCACCAUGCCCGACUCACCUGCGGACGUCAAAACACAGUCCAGGUUGACCCCCCCUACCAUGCCACCCCCGCCCAGCACGCAAGGAGCACCCCGCAACAGCUCCUACACCCCAACAACACUAACCAAUGGAAGCAGCCACUCCCCUACGGCGCUCAACGGUGCACCGUCUCCUCCCAACGGCUACAGCAACGGUCCCAGCUCCUCCUCCUCCUCCUCGCUGGCCAACCAGCAGCUCCCACCAGCGUGUGGCGCCCGACAGCUCAGCAAGCUCAAACGCUUCCUUACAACUCUACAGCAAUUCGGCAACGACAUCUCACCUGAAAUCGGCGAGCGGGUCCGCACGUUAGUGCUAGGGCUAGUGAAUUCCACGCUAACCAUCGAAGAAUUUCACUCCAAGCUCCAAGAAGCCACCAACUUCCCUCUGCGACCUUUUGUCAUCCCCUUUCUGAAGGCCAACCUGCCGCUCCUUCAGAGGGAACUGCUUCACUGUGCCAGAUUGGCUAAACAGAACCCGGCCCAGUACCUGGCCCAGCACGAGCAGCUGCUGUUGGACACCAGUACCACCUCCCCCGUGGACUCAUCUGAACUCCUGCUGGAUGUCAACGAGAACGGAAAGAGAAGGACGCCAGACAGAACCAAAGAGAAUGGCUUUGAGCGGGACGGCGCCCUGCACCCAGAUGUUCACCCCAGCAAACGGCCCUGCACCAUAAGCCCCGCCCAGCGCUUUAGCCCGUCCAAUGGUCUCUCCUACCAACCGAACGGCUUGCCCCACCCCGGCCCCCUCCCACCACAGCACUACAGAUUGGACGACAUGGCCAUCGCCCAUCACUACCGCGACACGUACAGACACCCUGCGUCCAACCACAGGGAGAUCCGCGAGAGAGCCCGGCCUAUCGGUAUGCACACAGGGACCAGGCAGGAGGAAGUGAUCGACCACAGGCUGACGGACAGAGAGUGGGCGGAGGAGUGGAAGCACCUUGACCAUGUAAGAAAACUACUGAACUGCAUCAUGGACAUGGUGGAGAAGACAAGGCGUUCGCUCACGGUGCUGAGGAGGUGCCAGGAGGCCGACCGCGAGGAGCUCAACUACUGGAUUCGACGAUACAGCGAUGCAGAAGAGCUGAAAAAGGGAGCUCCUAGUGGACAGCCGAGGCAGCAGAGCCCAGCAGCACAGGACAACGCAACACCAGAAAUUCACCGGGAGCUGCUUCACCGGCCUGUGUCUGGUUACGUCCCCGAAGAGAUCUGGAAGAAAGCCGGUACGGGAGGCUUGACUUCCUCUGUAUCCACACUCUUUCCAGAAGAGGCAGUGAAUGAGGUGAAGCGUCAGGCCAUGUCAGAGCUGCAGAAGGCCGUGUCAGAGGCUGAGCGCAAAGCUCACGAGAUGAUCAGCAGCGAGCGCGCCAAAAUGGAGCGCACAGUAGCCGAGGCCAAGCGGCAGGCUGCCGAGGACGCGCUCUCCAUCAUCAACCAACAGGAGGACUCCAGCGAGAGCUGCUGGAACUGCGGACGUAAAGCCAGCGAGACGUGCAGCGGCUGCAACACAGCACGCUACUGCGGCUCCUUCUGCCAGCACAAGGACUGGGAGAAGCACCACCACGUCUGUGGCCAAACCCUCCAGGCCCAGCAGCAGCAGGCCAGUCAGCAGCAGGGAGGGGUCCCCGGGUCAGAGACCCCCGCUCCCAUCAGCUCCUCCGCCUGCACUCCGAGCAGCGGGACCGGGAGUCCGGCUGCAACACCACCUGCUGCUACCCCUCGCUCAUCCACCCCCAGCACCCCAUCAUCCUCUGCCCUGGACGGCGCACCACGCUAAGAGACUCACGCCACAGGGGGACGGAGGCCCAGGCCUCGGGGGCCCCGCGGCCCCCCCCCCUCCCCGACCCCACAAACAGCAUGACUGUCUACAUUGCCCUGCACAGAUACUAAGCUAAAGUGGCUAACAGGAAGAGACGGCAAUGCUUCUGUCUUGCAGUGUAGUCAUAGAAGUAGGAGGAGGUCCAUAAUCAGGUCAUAUUGACUUGCCAUGACUUUAAAGAAACACAAAGAUAUUCUUUGUUUUGAAUGAAUGAAUUUAAAUAUUGACGCCAUUUUAUUGUUACACUUGCUAUUCUUGUUGUCCGUUUGUUGUUGUGCCCGUUGUUGUUAAUGUUGUCAUUGUAGUUUAUCUUAUUUUCUUCUGUAAAUAUGAAGAGACUGAACUCAGAUAGCCGUGAACUCCACAAGUAUAUCUGACUGCCCCUUUUUUCAACGUUUUCGUUCUCCAUCCUUAACUUAAUGCUUAUUUCCUUCCUGUAUCUGGGACAUGAAGAAUAGUCAACCUCAAAAAGUCAUUAACCAAGGGAUCAUGAGACAGAAGUCAUCAAUACUCUGUGUAAAGAAAGAUAUUAGAUAUAAAUGUGACAAAUGGACGGAUAAAGGCAUCGACUGCCUGGUGAGGGGAGGGAGACGGACUGGAUCUGUGGCCCACAGACUGCCAAUGAAACAGGCAGAUGUGCAGCAGAUUGCUGGGAGAGCCAGCUGUUCAACCAAUGUUAUUUCCCUCUCACUUGUAAUAAUAUCCAGGUCAGUGGGCUGGGAAAUAUAAAUGCGUCUCCCCGAAUGAUGUAAAAGCAAAGAAUUCUUGGACGUGAUACAAAACUUUGCCCGGUGCACACGCGGAGGAUGUAUGGACUAUGAUCCGCACGUGCACGCUUGGCGGUUCGCAGAAGCAACAGGAAGUGAAGUCAUCACCCCCCCCCCCCCCCCCCCCUCCUCUUUCCUGGCUGAGACUGUGGACUCCCCAUGACAGCUCAGCCCCCGUGGGCUCAGAGCUGAAAACACCCACAGUCGUAGUCUGCACCCGACACGCCCCUGCUGUCUCAACUCGAAGACGACACUUUCAUCUUUAUUCAUGUUCUUUUUCUGUAGGUGUCAUGGUGUUAAAGACUUCUGUCCUGUGGUGUCACCGAUGGUUAUUUAUUGUAUAUGUGUUGGACAAUUGUGACAAUGCAUAGAACUCCAACCAGUCACAACUCUUAAGUCUUUCAUUACUCUCUCUAGCUGGUGCAAAAAGAGAUAAAAAAAAAAGAAGUGUUAUUUUUUUUUGUUUUCUUUUUUCUCUCUGAGCUUCUUUUUUAUUCUGUGUGUAAGUGGUAGAUCUCUCGUAGUUCUAUAAGUUUUACUUUGUCCUCAAGAAAAGACACAAGCUAUAUCUCAGAGCUGCUACUCGACUCCGACCCAGAACUUUUCUGAGAACUAGCAUGUUGCGCGGAAUGCUAACCUAAAUGUUUUGUAUAAGGGACAUACACAAAUGUAUUUGCACUGUCACAGAGGUUAUUUUGGCAUGCUUCUUUUGGGUUGUGUUGUCGGUAUUUUGAGCCAUAAUCCAUCAACCAUUUUGUAUGUAGUGAUUUUUUUUUUUUUCUGUUUGUUUUUAUGGGUUGAGGGAGUUGGAAAAUGUAAAAAUGCCAAACCCACUUCUUUUUCUCAGCAUACUAAGUAAAGCAGCCAUAAUGUUUUGUUUCUUUUUUAAUAGUUACAGACAGUGCAUGCACAUUACUGAACGUUUGUUAAAUAACUGUUAUUUUUUAGAAAAAGUGAAAAAAAUAACCAAAAAAAUUUUAAAACAGUAAAAAAAAAAAAAAUAUUCUAACAAACUAACUUUCCAAAUGCAGAGGUGUAGACUCCCAUUGACAGCUUUAACACUGCAAAGCACCAGGUAACACACAGUAUUAACACAAGAGAUAAACAAAAAAACCACCAAAAACAGCCAAAGACUGACACCAAGGACCAAAAUCCUGAUUUAAACAAUUUUCAAGAAGAGGUUUGUUCACACGGACAUCUGGUUAUUUAUUUUUACAGUUUUCAUUCAUAGUCACGCAAGUAAAAACAAACAAAAAAAAAAUCAGUGUAGUGAAAGUUAUUUAUUUUAGUGUUUUUCUGAAAAGAGCAAACAGUGGCACUCAUCUAGCGUUGUGAAAGGAGACGGUGUAAAUGUUUCACAGCAGCGUCACGUUUUAACUGGAGCAAUAAUAACCAAUGUGACAUGAACGCAAAGAACUUUCUCAAAACGUUUGUUUGACUUUUUUUUCUUGUUUAGGCAUUUUCUGAUCACACAAACGUCAGAUUAAAUGCCCAUUUCAGCUUUAAGCAGUUCUAAGUUUUCUCAAAGAGGUUGAAUGUGAGACUGGGCUUUCACACCAAUGCCGUUUAUUUUCUAUUUAUUUAUAUCAAACUAUGUCCUCUUUUUUUUGUUUUUAGUUCGUUGCAUCUUUAUUGUAAACUUUCAGUAUAAAUCAAACAAACCUCUCAUUCACAGUAAAAAAGCACUUACCCCGACGCACACGAACGCUCCGUCCUCACCCCUUGGUGCUACACAGAAGCGCGUUACAAAUUCUGACCUCAAGGAACAAGUGGAGGCCCACAAAGGUCCUGGGUAGUUGAAUACUUCCUCAUCCCUCCCUUCUUGUCUAAAUAAAUACACACCUGCAUUCUUGACUUAAAGGGUUAAACAAAUCCAAAAAGGUGUCUGACACCCUCCUAGCGACUCCUCAGAAGCUGUGAAGAAACAGCCGAGCUGUUUUAACACUAGUGUUUUUCAAAGUAUACAACAAAUAAUGUGUGUGUUCAUCACUAUCAGGGCGAAACCUGGGUUCAAAAGAAAAAAAAAGAAAAAAAAAAGAAAAAAACUUGGACAUACUGUACAUUGUCACUCAAUGAUUCUUUAAGAAGCUCUAUUUUUUCUUUCUUCCCUCCUCCAUGUGUGUUUUGCUACAAAUUCCUCGGUGGCAAACAAGUCUCACUCUACCUCUUACAGCACGAUAAGAGCAUCAGUGGCGGCGCUGAUACUGGUCUAGUCGAAACCAAAUGGGCACAAGAGAACAGGAAAAUUUUAAAAAACCCAAAGUUGAAGCUCAUACAGCUGCAAAACCAUAUCACUACUUGGUAACAAUGCAGACCUCAUAAAUAAAUGAAACAUAAAUGAAUAGAAAUGAGAAAAAAAAAAAAAAGAAAAAGUCUUUUGUUAUGUUCCUUUUAUGCCUGUGGCGUUUCUAGAGUACAUCAAGAGUUUGAAUUGUUUGAACAGAUCAAAAAACAAAAAAAAAAAAAAAGAAUAUUGUGCUAAUUUUAAAGGAAAAUGUUUUGUCGAUUCCUAUUUCGAUGAUACAAGCUAAGGUCACAGAUAUGAAAUGUGGUUUCUCCUGCUCUUUUCUUUUCCCCCUCGUUUCCCUUUUUUCUCCUCUUCUCUGUUGUGAAGACAUGCUGAAGUGCUUGUCAACUUGUCAGCUACGGUCAGUCCAAACAGGGGGAAUGCAAACAGCAAUGCUUAUACAAAAAAAAAAAAAACCUGAACAAAAUUUUUUUAAGGCUAUGAAUUUAGGCAUGCCUGUUUUUCACAACGGUGAGGAAAUAUUAUUUACAUUUCCUACUUGUAAACAUUGGAGAAGCGUGCGGGGGCCAGCAGUGGACAGCAAAAAGGCCGUAGCAUUAAUCUGGGGGAGUGAGUUGAUCUUGAGGGGUGGGAGGGGUUUUUUGCAUUCUAUUGAGAAAAUUUAUUGUGGAAAAAAAAAGAGCUCACAUGAUUUAAAGUUGUUGUGCAAUACUUAAUUGAGACAUGAAAACCACAGGUUAGUGGUAGGCUGACGCUGGGCGGUCUCUCCAUCGCCUAGGGUCAGUGUCCUCUAGAGAGCUUUCCAGUCUACUAUGUCAGAACUGUGGUUUCUUGUUGAUUUUAUUUUCUUUUUCUUUUCUUUUUUUAAAUUCUUUUUGGGCUGUAAACUAUGGUCUGUCAGUCUGUGAAACUUUGCAGUAUAAUUCUGGUAUUGUUGUUCUCUUUACGGUGUAAUAAAUAUGUUAAUACCUGCA